UCUCUCUCUUUCUCUAUUAUACAACUUUCUCUCUCAUCUGUCACAGGCUAGCUAAGAGAACAGAGUCUCUCUCUUUCUAUCUCUAUCUGUUUCUCUCACUAGAAAUCAAUUUACCAGUGGGCUUCUUAAAAGCUUCUGAUCUACUAGUUGGAAGCAGAGAGAUUGGGCAGAAUCGAAAAAGGAAACAACAAGGAUUAGAAGUUUGAACUGCAGUUCAGUGAGGAAGUGUUUUGGCAUUAUUUAUCUGUGUGGAUGAGCUUCCAUGGAUUACAGAUAAUAUCCAUAGUUUUUUUUUUAUUCUGAAAUUAACUUUCAGGUGGAAUUUUCCAUUGAUGUGUUAGCUGUUGGCACUCAAAUCAUAUCGGGCAAAUUUUUCAAAACAUAAAAAAAAAAAAAAAAAAAAACAAAUCAAGGGUUUAUUGGAAUAUUCAACAUUUGCAUGAAGGUGGUUUUGAUUUAAAGCCAAAUUAGUUAUUAGUCUUGCCAAGUCAACAGUUGUAAUGUGACUAAACCUGGGCAAGUUAGCAUUCUCCAGACUUGCUUGUCUUCGUGCGCAUUCUCCAGAGAUGAUAAUCGGCAGCUAUGUUCUCAAGUUUCCGUGUUAUUCUAGAUGACUGAUGUACACUGGGGUUUUUGCACUGAAUGUAGAUUUGUUAUAUGCAACUAUGUAAUUGAUUGAGUCUUAUAGUCGUUUGUUGGGAGGUUCUUCUGUUACUUGGUAGAAUUAGUUAAUUAUCAGACUGUAGUGCUGAAUUUUUAGUUAUUUGAAGAGUCAAACAUGGACACUGAACUUUUGAUGGUUAACAAAAGAUCAAGCAUCGUUCAGCGGUUACUUCCUGCUGUUGUACCUGUGCUUUUAAUUGCAAUAGGAUAUGUUGACCCAGGAAAGUGGGCUGCAGCUGUUGAGGGAGGAGCCCGUUUUGGGUCUGAUUUGGUUCUGAUAAUGCUCACUUUCAAUUUUGCUGCUAUUUUGUGUCAGUACCUUUCAGCUUGUAUUGCUAUGGUUACUGGAAAAGAUCUUUCUCAGAUUUGCAGUGAAGAGUAUGACAAGUCCACAUGCAUAUUCUUGGGAGUGCUAACAGAGAUUUCGAUGAUUGCUUUGGACCUUUCUAUGAUUCUAGGCAUCGCACAUGGGCUCAAUCUAAUUUUUGGCUUGGACCUAUGCGCUUGUGUCUUUCUGACAGCUAUUGAUGCUGUUCUAUUUCCAGUUUUUGCCACCUUCCUGGAUAACGGCAAGGCAAAAUUCAUUUGCAUAUUCAUUGCAAGCUCUAUAUUUCUUUUUUAUGUUGUUGGGGUGCUCUUCAGUCAACCGGAAAUUUCAAUCUCCAUGGGUGGGAUGCUAACAAAGUUAAGUGGGGAGAGUGCAUUUGCAUUGAUGAGUCUUCUUGGAGCGAAUGUUAUGCCUCACAAUUUUUAUCUCCAUUCUUCUAUUGUACAGCAAGAACUGGGACCACUGAAUGUUUCCAAGGGACUCUUGUGUCAAGACCAUUUUUUAGCCAUCCUAUGCAUCUUCAGUGGUAUUUUCUUGGUGAAUUAUGUGCUGAUCAACGCAGCGGCAAAUAUGUUCUACAGUACAGGCCUUGUUUUGCUUACUUUUCAGGAUGCAUUGUCGCUAAUGGAUCAGGUAUUUAGGAGUUCAAUAGUGCCCUUCGCCUUUCUACUGAUUUUGUUGGUUUCCAAUCAAAUCACCACAUUAACAUGGAAUUUUGGUAGACAAGCAGUCCUGCGUGAUUUCUUUGGAAUUGGCAUUCCCGGUUGGCUUCAUCAUGUUACAAUCAGAACUAUUGCCAUUAUUCCUGCCCUAUGUUGUGUUUGGAAUUCAGGAGCUGAAGGUAUAUAUCAGCUGCUGAUAUUUACACAGGUGGUGGUUGCUCUUGUGCUACCAUCUUCUGUGAUCCCCCUUUUCCGGAUUGCCUCAUCAAGAUCGGUAAUGGGUGUCUACAAGAUUUCUCAGUUCGUGGAGUUCUUAGCCUUGAUCAUGUUUAUUGGAAUGCUGGGCUUAAAGAUUAUAUUUCUGGUGGAGAUGAUGUUCGGGAACAGCGAUUGGGUGGGUAGUUUGAGGUGGAAUGUGGGCAGUAGCACGUCUCUAUCUUACUUUCUGCUUCUCAUCAUUGCUUCUAUUUUGCUUUGUUUGAUGCUUUGGCUUUUAGCCACACCAUUGAAAUCUGCUAGUUCCAGAUUAGAUUCUCAGGUAUGGAACUGGGAUAGAAGUGAUGUUGUACCAGAUCCAUUUGCAGCGAGAGAUGAAAGUGAUUUCAAUGAAACUAUAUAUGAUAGGGAGGAACCCAUACAAAAGCAAGAACCCAUAUUAGCGCUGGGGAAGUCUUUGGAGAGUCAUUCAAAUAUAUCAGUUACAAGUACUGAUCUAACUUUGCCUGAAGUACUCCUGGAUUCUGAUAACAUGCCUAAUUUGACUACUAUUGAGGACAACAAUAUUACAUUUCCUAGUCCUUCUAAGUUUCAUUCAGAGGAAUCAGCUACCAAAGUCGAAUCAGGUGUGGUCUCAACUGUUUCUAGUGAAGGUUCUGUCAGUGUCGGUGCCGGUGAGUCAGUGGACACCAUUGCCUUGAAGACCGAAUCAUCUGACAUAGUAGAAAAGACUGUGAGAGUAGAGGGGGAUUUACAGACCGGAAAGGAAGAUGAGGGAGAUAUUUGGGAGCCUGAAGAAUCAUUUAAAGGGGUAUCUGGGGUUAACCCAUCCUUAACAUCUGAGGGUCCUGGAUCAUAUAGGAGUCUCAGUGUGAAAAAUGAGGAUAGUGGGCCUGCGAGCGGUGCUGGAAGUCUCUCAAGAUUAGCGGGAUUGGGUCGUGCUGCGAGACGUCAAUUCGCUGCAGUUCUUGAUGAGUUCUGGGGACAGCUGUUUGAUUUGCAUGGACACGCAACACAAGAAGCUAAGGCUAAGAAACUGGAUGUGUUGCUGGGGAUAGAUUCAAAGGUUGAUCCAAAGCUUACCGCUCCUCUGAAAGUGGACACUAUUGGGAAAGAAUCUGCUGGAUACUUUCCAUCUGUGGGUGGAAGAGGAUCUGAUUCUCUAAUGAAUUCGAGUGUGUAUGACUCUCCCAAGCCACUGAGUAUGCAAGGUAACAUCGAGACAUCAUAUGGGGUUCAAAGGGGGUCAUCUUCAUCUUGGACUAGCCACUUGCAGUCGUUAGGUGCACACGUGCAAAACUCUAGUCAUGAUGCUCUUGACUCUGGCGAGAGGCGCUAUUCUAGUUUGCGACUUCCACCCUCUUCCAUUGGCAGUGACUAUCAGCCAGCCACUAUACAUGGCUACCAGAUUUCAUCAUAUAUCAGUCAGAUUGCUAAAGACAGAAAUUCUGAUUACUUCAAUGGACAAAUGGAAGCACUAACUCCAAAAUCCCCAUCUUUGGGAACAUCCAACUAUAGAGAUCGACUUGCUUUCGCUUCGGGACGAAAACUACAAAAUGGGUUAAGCACUAUGACGCCACCUGGCUUUUCAAAACCUGCUGUAUCUAGAAAUAUUUUAUCGCAAUCUGAAAGACCAUUUAAUAAUGAUCUUUCCUCUCCUGGACCUGCUGAGAAUCUCAAUAGCGCAGUCAAUACCAAGAAAUUCCAUAGCUUGCCAGACAUAUCAGGACUUGCUCUUCCAUAUCAGGAAUCAUAUUUGUCUGAUAGGAGUGCUCGAUGGGAUACUUCCAUUGGAUAUGGGCCAUCCUUAUACUCGAGUACUACAUUGAAGGCAAGAGCUCCUUUGGCAUUUGAUAAUCUUUCUCCUUCAAAACCAUACAGGGACCCUUUCACUUUGCAGUUCAGCUCAAGCUCAGAUACUGGAUCCCUGUGGUCCAAACAGCCCUUCGAACGGUUUGGCGUGGAUGAUAAAAUAUGUACAAGUGGGGGUGAGGGAGUUGGGAGUAAACACGGUUCAAUUGCUCCAGUAACUAGCUCUCUUGUGGAUUUGGAAGCAAAGCUACUUCAGUCUUUCAGACACUGUAUCGUGAAGCUUUUGAAACUAGAAGGGUCUGAUUGGUUGUUCAGACAGAAUGAUGGAGCUGAUGAGGAUCUUAUAGAUCGUGUGGCUGCAAGGGAGAGAUUUCUUUAUGAAGCUGAAACUAGGGAGAUGAACUCGGCAGCUCACACGGGUGAAUCUCAGUAUUCUUUUGACAGGAAGCCAGUUUCUGCGCUGAAAAAUGAUGACACAGAUUAUGCCAAAUUUCUGGUUUCCUCAGUUCCUCAUUGCGGAGAGGGCUGUGUUUGGAGAGUGGAUUUGAUAAUAAGCUUUGGUGUAUGGUGCAUUCACCGGGUUCUUGAACUCUCACUUAUGGAAAGUAGGCCAGAGCUAUGGGGAAAAUAUACCUAUGUACUGAAUCGUCUUCAGGGAAUCAUCGAUCUGGCUUAUUCGAAGCCUCGUACUCCAAUGACCCCCUGCUUCUGCCUGCAAAUUCCAGUGUCAUACCAACAGAGGUCAAGUCCACCACCUAUUUCAAAUGAAAGCUUGCCCCCACCUGCAAAACACGGCAAGGGCAAGUGCACGACUGCGGCAACACUCUUAGACAUAAUCAAGGACGUCGAACUCGCAAUAUCUUACCGAAAAGGUCGGACCGGCACGGCAGCCGGUGACGUGGCAUUCCCAAAAGGAAAAGAAAAUCUUGCUUCUGUUCUCAAACGCUACAAGCGCCGCUUGUCCAACAAACCAGUUGAAGGUGGGUCUGGGUCCCGCAAGUCUCCCCCAUCACCGUCCCCUUAUGGGUCAUCAUAACGAUUGUGCAGUUGGGUGGAUGAUAUUUGAGUUUGAUUUUGGUUUUGGGAAGCUGCUCGUUGUUGUCCACGCUGUUGUUAUGGAUCUCUCUUUCUCUCUCUCGCUUGUUCUCUCUUUCUCUCUCUUGUGUAUUAAAUCUUUUCUGCUUAUUUAAGUUUCAUGUAUGUGAUGUAUACAUAGGAUAAAUUACGGGAUAUGUAAUUGCAGCAGAAUGGAAGAAAAGAAAAUGGGUAGACGAAAGUUGCGAAGUCAAUGUCGUAACUUCCAUUUAGGUCAGUCUUGUGGUACAAGGAAAUUGAGGAGAAAAAGAAUGGAUAAGUUGGCUCACCAUAGAAGAAUUUUUGGACAUUUUACACAACUCAUGUUUUUCUUUGUUCUUCUUUACUUUGGUUAUUGUAAUUUGUAUGUGCAUAGAGUUGGACAUGUUUGCCCCAAGCAGGAUGUGUGGUGGAUACUACCAGUGUAGCCAUCAGUUGGCUUGUUUGCCAUCGUUUU